AAUGUGUGACGACACUAUUUGAAUUUCGAUUCAUUGGGAACAGGAAAAACCGCGCAAUGCUGCUAAUCGUUUCACUCUUUGGCCAUGGCCUCACCCAACGUACUUGAUCCCUCGUCCGUAUUACAUACAUUGCAGCAAUGUAUUCCCAAUUCCCUUCAAUCAGGAUAUGACGCAUUAGCUGCUGCAAGUCACGCUGUUAUGCUUAGUGUCGGAUUCCGUUUUGCAGGAUUGGGAGACGACGCCCGCCAAGAGGGCGAUGGCACCAAGAAACAACUACCCAACGAAUGGAACGAGCACAGCCCCCAUUUUUAUGCAUUUCGUUACAGCCAUCCGCAGUCGAGCCUGACAUUUGUGCUUAAAAGUCUGCGGUUAGGUGAUCGCUGGAUUGUUCACGGACUCGGUAUUGGGGACGAUAAAACAGCAACGUUGGAUAUCGUUUGCAAAGACUACACAUCGGAUUCCUUCUUUCCUUAUCAAGUAGACUCCGACAAACCUCUGGUCCAUGGUUUCAUCUCCACCGAUCGCUUCAAUGAUUUUAUCGUUCUUUUCAAAAUCAACAUCAUUCAGCGGUUGAUCCCAGGACUAACCAAACCAGGCUAUACUGAGUCAGACAAUGGGAGCACAAACACAGAUUCUCGCAAUUCGAACCGUUCACAGCCUCGUCAGCCGUUGUCCUCGGAAACAAAUCCUCCGCCCCGUCCCGCGUUUUAUGAUCCUCCGUUUUCACCAGAUGACCCAUCGUCCGAACGAGUCAAUCCUCUGAAUGUGGGCCAAAGUGAUUUGGAGCCUGCCGGUGGUCGAUUGCGCAUGCCUGGCGUUGGCAGCGGCAUGUUUGUGGGACCUGAUCAUCCCAUAUUCGGCAGAUCGACGCAGGGACAUGACGAUGAUUCCAGCCACAUAUUUGGAGGCCCGCAGCCUUUGCCAAGAGGAGCGGUUCCUCCGGGUGCCCGAUUCGAUCCCAUUGGCCCCUUUGGAGCUCGACCUGGCCGAGGCGGAAUCCGACCUCGUGGCAGUGGUCGUUUCAGUGGUGAACCUGAUAACGACGAAUUGCCUCCUCCAGGAUACAAUGACAUGUUUAUGUGAUAAAAGUUUAGCGCUGUAAAUAAAUAACCCAGCAACUCUCCGAAAUUUCAAUCGUCUCACUCCACA